GGGCUCCAAGGAGACCGGCUGGAGUGAGGCCCUGGGAGGGCUUGGGAGUGACGGGCUCCUCUGCAGGGCUCCCCUCUCCCUCUGCCUGGCCCAGUUGCCAUCCCUACCCUCUUGGCUGUCCCCUCCCCCAAGGCAGGGCCCAAACUCUUCCAGACAAAGCCAGGGCUAGCUGGAGAGUGAGUGAAGACGGCCCACUCUGCCCAGCCUGGCUGACUGAGGGGCACAGGGCACCGCAGAGUCCAGGGCAGGCGAGGGUCACGGUUGGCACCUGCUGCUCCUUGGCCCUCCCGUGGACAGUUAAGACGACCUUUCGACCCAGCUUGGGACGGCUGAGCGCUGGCUCUAAGGAGCCAUGAGCACACAGGGUCCCAGCCCCCCGGCCUUCCUCACAGCUCCUGUCACUCCCGGCAGCAGCACAGAGGCAGCAGACCCCCUCCCCAUGCUCAUCGCCCUUGCCUGCAUCUUCCUCCUGCUGGCCAGCUGUUUGCUGUUCAUGACCCUCUGCAAACCGGCAGCGCUGGACCCAACGCAGCGCCGGGCUCGGGAGUGCAUGCCCCACCACCCUGGGAGCCCCAGCGAGCCCCAGCUCCGGCUCUGGAAGCGCCUGGGCUCUCUGCGCCGCUCCCUGCACAGCUUCCGCAGGGGCAGGCCUGCUCCCCGACGCCCCCUGCCGGGCUGUGAUGACAGCCGGGACUGUGACUGCACGGAAUCCACCAAAAUGUGACAGGGUGGCCCUGCCCUCCAGGACCCACCCGGGACCCACCCUCGGACCCUCCUGUCUUGGACAGAGCCUGGAAUCAGGGGCUGCAGAGGACGUGGGACACACAUUCAGCCCCAGUGGUCCCCUGUGUCCCUGGGCCCACGGCCUUUCCCAUAGACUGCCCUAGGAGAAAUACAGGCUUCUCUACAGACCCUUCAGCUACUGCCUGCUAAAAGACCGCUAGGCUGACUGGGGGGCCAGACGGUACAGCCUGCAGCCCCUGGUACCCUCCCUCCUGGCUCCCAGACACCAACAGAAGUCCUGCUCACCCUCCAGGUGCCAAAGCCAAGUGUGGAUUCCAGUGGGAGUUGCUAAAUGGCCAAGGGUUCCCUCCAGGCAAGCAAAAUACUAAGUCCACAUGGCGGGCAAGGUACCGUUUUUCUCUCUGCGCCAACUCAGUGCCCUAGGCUAGAUGAAAGCCUGGGGUUUCUCUCCUUGGAAUUCCUGGGCCCUACCAGCAUUCACCUGAAAUCCCCGGGAGCUGCCAGCACCCUUGUGGUGGGUGAGAUCCCCAGUGCCCACUGGGAGGAGAGCAAGCAGGAGGCUCUCAACAAUACCCAGCUGGUAACCAUCUUGGCAGCCAUCUUGGUGGCCCCACCCACCUUGCAGGUGCUGACAUUACCAUGGACCAGGAAGGGGCUGAGAAUGGGUUAAGGAGCUCCUUGAGAGCCAGGACCUGUGCUAUCAGAGUGGUGGGAGGCAAUGUCAGAAGCUAGAAGUGAUGCCAGCUGGACUCUGAGAACAUGUCAUAGCGCUCCUGCCUCACCCGGGGGUGGAGACAUCCUCCCUUUGGGGUAGGAGGGUCCAGACCUCUCCAGGAAAGCACCUCAGGUCUGGAGCACACUAGGUCUGCUCUCUUUGAGUUUUUGGCAAUUGCGUCAUUGACUGGCUACCUGUCAAAGCAAAAUCACUCUGGAGUGGACGUCUCAGCAUUCCAAAACCCCAAAUUCUCCCCAUGGGGCCAUGCCUGGACACUCUGACUCCCAGAUUUGGAGAAUGGACAGAGGGAUUCUGAGUUGCCUACCUCCUGCUCCAGAGAGUCAGCUGGCCAGGGCCACCUGGUGCCCCGCCAUGGGCUGCCCCAGCUCCCCCAUGCUUUGUUCGACUCACGGUGCAGUCAGCUGGGUCUUCUCCAAGACUGAGCUCCAGUUUUGCCCCUUGCUCCCAGUGGUUCCAGCUCCAGAACCAUCCCUGGUUUCCAACUGCUGGCUAGAGAAAGCCAGAGCUCCCUAGUCUGACAUUCAGUGCCUUCUGGGAGCUGGCUCUGAACUAUCUUUCUAACCUCACCUUGACCCAAGACUCCAGACGUUCUGAACAACCUACCCUCCCCAGGCUGUGGCUUACGCUGCGCAAGGCACCCUCUCUGUGAGGCCAUCUUUGGUCUCCAGCCAAAAGCCACCUCCUGCCUGGAACCCUUCCCAUCUCUCAGAGGGACAGCAGGGAUCGCUUCUACUCAACAGUGUGGGCAACCCAGGUCUAUGUGUCCUCCUUCCUAUGUUCUGCGAGUUUGCAGAGAGCGGGACCACCUCCACCCUCUCACAUCACCAGUUCCAGGCACAGAAGUACGAACAACGUCUCUAUUUCCUGAGUGAAGGGUGGGCCAGCUGGGUGUGUCCCCACCCCUCAAAGCUUAAGGAGUCUUGCAGGGGGAAUCUUUAUCCCUCACAUGCCCCUAAACAGAAGCUCCGUCUCCAAGCAUGCUGGUGAGGCCCACUGUACCUUCACAAAGAGUGAGGCCGCCUCUGCCAGAAACUUCCAGGGCCUUGAAGAAGUCACUAAUGCCUGAUUUCUCCCUUAGACAUGGGGAGAUUGGGAGCUGCCCUGUCUCACUCCUGAGCUCUAGGAUUUCAGGAUGUGUCGUGUUGUGUAAAUAGAAACUAAUUCUUCAGGGUUGGAAAGCGGGGCAGGCCUCGUUCCACGGGCAUUCGUUACCCUCUCCCCUUCAGCUUGUUACCCUCAACCUCGUUCCCUUCCCAGAGCCUCCCUGACACACCCCAGGAUGAACUGGGUCUAGAGUCAACGGCCCAACACUAGGUGCUCUCUUUCUGGAGGCCGGGGGUGGGGUGGAGAGGUAGGGGGUAGGGCAAGGCUUCCCGGAGGGCCUGAAGGAAACUGAAAAGCUGGGGAUGGACAGGGGGGCCCUCACAGCACUGGCCACAUACCCCAGCAUGUCUCCACUUUGGUCCCGGGAGACUGUUGGUGAAUGGGGCAGGUGUGAGGCUAGAGGAGCAGCCGAGCCCCAGAGGAAGGGAACCUCUCGGCUCCUUCUGGAACAGUCCUCCAGCCUCUGGCAAAUCCCUGGAGCUUCCUGGAUUCUCUGGGCCUCUGGAAGUCGGCACCCUGCUCCCCCUGCUCCCAGCCCAUUUCCUGCCAGGCCCCUGGCCCUGGCCUAGCGAGCAGGACACACUUCCAGCCCCUCCCGAUGCUGGGAGCUUGCCCCUGAGGACAGGCCCAGAUUUGCUGUAUUUGGCUCAGCCUCUGCUUCCACAGCUGGUGAAGAGGGUGAUUCAGCCCUGCCCCCCCCCCCCAGCAACGGAGGCCUCCAGGGCAAGCUGGGGGAGGGCACCCGAGCCCCACUUUCUGAUCCUCCCCUUUCUCCCUCAGAGCCUCAGAGCUAUUACUCUAGCUCCCUGGGCAAAGGAGCUCUUUCUUCUUGUGCUUGUUUACUUCCCCAGAGGGGAGCUUUGGCCAAGGGCCCCAUGAAAGCCUCUCUGUUCUGGGCCUAGCUGGGCCCUGGCUGUUUCCCCUCACCUCCUUGCUGGGAAAAUGUGACUGACAGCUCCAUCCCCUUGCUUUUCUGAAAGGCCCUCUGGGUGGCAUGGGGGAAGAGGAGGGGGUUUGGGGGAAAGGCGGGAGGCAAGGUCUUCCUUCUGUUUUGCGGGGAGCCAGGGUACUGUCGUAGGCCACAGAAACUAAAAGCCUGGUCUCCCCGAGAGGGAGGAGGGUGCCUGGCUACUUCCGGGGCAGCCGCUGGACCCUCCCAUUUCCAUCCCUUCACAUGGCAGGGCCACAAUGCCACUGAGCGUGUGUGCAGCCCUGCGUGCCCCCAGCCCACCAGCUGCCCCCAGGGGGCCACGGCCACCUGCCUGCA